UAAUUCAUGCCGAUAUUCGYAUUUACAUAUGUGGUCAGCCGUACGAACAUUCUAGACUUCGCUCUUAGAGCUAAUCCUCGGCCAUCAUUAUCAAGUAUACUUCAAAACAAGGAAAAGUAGGAAUCGUUUUUGUUGAAACUACGGCUGGAGUCUGAAAUAUACGACUGAAAUAUUCCCAAGAACACUGAUUUCCCAAGGAGACAAGUUAACCCUAAGAGAAUCUUCGAGGUUCACGAUUCUAGUUCCGUGGUUGAGUGGAAUAUUUACGAUCGCUGGAUCUAUCUACAGCUUGACAUGAGAACGUCGCAACAGCAGUGAAAAGCACGGAAUCUAGCCCUAGAGAACUAUAAGCCGUGAUUUCCAGUUAAAGAACAUGGGAAAGACCCUCAAAUAUUUAUAUUUUUGCCAAAUCUAUUUAAGUGCAAGAGGAGGAGGAAGUCAACGUGACGUGCAUCGUUAGUCCUGACAUAUUACUAUAAAACUACCGUGAAAGGCUACGAAGGCUGGACCCAAAAUGCGUAUUUUAACUUGUAGAAAGCUUAACAGAGUGUAUAGAACUGAGCGUAGAAAGGUUUCUUCGUAUAUAGUGCCAAUGGUUUCGUUGGUUGUGUGUGUGAUCCUUGGAAUACUGGUGUGUUAUCUCGAUAUAAGUACGAUGACAAGUGAGAAGAACUCUCUCACAUACCAAGGAAUAUUUCACCAUCGUUCACUACUAAACGCGUCUGAACCUACUGAAUCACCAGGCGAAUACCCAGAGGAUAUGUUCACCUUAGAGCAGAGGAGAAAAGGCGCCGUAAUACUACAUAUUAUUGGCAUGUGCUAUAUGUUUCUUGCCAUUGCAUUGGCUUGUGAUGAAUUUUUCGUGCCCUCGCUUGUUGUCAUCAUAGAAAGACUUCAAAUCUCCGAAGAUGUUGCUGGAGCUACGUUUAUGGCUGCUGGAGGCAGCGCUCCAGAGCUAUUUACUUCUUUUUUUGGUACUUUUGCAGAUCCUAACUCAAAUGUUGGUAUUGGAACGAUCGUCGGGUCUGCUGUUUUUAAUGUCUUGUUUGUAAUUGGGAUGUGCGCGAUGUUCUCAAAAGGGGUUCUCGAGCUAACUUGGUGGCCGCUUUUUCGAGACUGUAUGUUCUACAGCUUCUCUUUACUCCUGUUAAUAAUAUUUUUUAUCGGCGAUUGGAUCCAAUGGUGGGAGUCAUUGCUGUUGUUGUCUUUCUUCGUCUUCUAUGCUAUUUUUAUGAAGUACAAUCGAACGAUCGAACGUAUAGUAAAAAAUUUCCUACGAUCGAAUAAAGUCAGUAAAGUGGAUGUUAGGGAUCCAGGAUUGGCGAAUCCCGGAGUCCACAGAACAGAACAUUACCUAGAGAAGGCAAUAGAAUAUCUGGGCUCCAAUGCCAAACAAAAUGCUGAACGCCCAUGCUUUCACUAUGGUGCUUUUCAGCUGGUUGUUAAUUCGAUGGAUCCUUUGUGGGAUGCAUCUAUAGCUGUGAGAGUAAAACAUAUCAAACAGAUGUCAAUGACAGCUGAUGAAGCACCUGAAAAGCAACAAGACCAAGAGCUCAAAUAUUCAACAGUAGACCUGCAGAAAAAACCCUCAUCUUCAGGUUCUCAGCACCUAACAGAAAAUGGGACAACCCAAACUGAUGUCGACUUUCCAGAUGGGAUGAAAAUGUCAAAUGAAGAAGACCAUUCGAAUGGAAACAUUCCCGACAGAGAUCUUGGGAAUGGAUCAUGUGUUAAUGAACAAGACUUUUCUAGCAGCUACCAUGUUGUAUGUAUAGAUUCAACUAUACCUGGCAUGUGCGCAGAUAAUAAUAAUAAAAGAAGGGCAUCUGAUUCAUCCAAAGUAUCUCAAAAUGCUGUUACGACAAAAAUGUCAGAGGAAGAAUCUGUGGUUGAGGAGGCUGAUAGCAUAGACGACUUUGACGACAAGCCUAUUGAUCUCAGCUGGCCUGAGGGAUGGAAGGAACGCCUGGUGUAUAUUAUCAAAGCUCCUAUUAUGUUUCCACUGUAUUUUUCCAUGUUUGAUGUUAGAAAACCAGAAAAAUCGAAGUUCUACCCGUGGACAUUUAUAGUAUCAAUUUUCUGGAUUGGGAUAUUCUCUUAUUUAACACUCUGGUGGGCCGUUGUUGUUGGAGACACAUUUGGAAUUCACUCAGUGAUAAUGGGAUUGACAGUUUUGGCUGGAGGAACCAGUAUUCCAGACUUGAUAACCAGUGUACUGGUGGCCAGGAAGGGAUUCGGAGACAUGGCCGUGUCUAGCUCUAUUGGUAGCAAUCUCUUCGACAUCACCGUUGGUCUUCCUCUUCCUUGGCUUUUAUACAGCGCMGUUAAUUUAGGAAAAUCAGUAAAUGUGAGCAGCGAUGGACUGUUGUGUUCGAUUGUUUUACUGUUUGGUAUGCUCAUAGCRGUGGUACUAUCCAUUGCUAUCUUAAAAUGGCGAAUGUCUAAAUUACUUGGAGCUGCGAUGUUCUUGCUAUACAUCGUCUUCAUAAUCAUGUCGCUCCUCCUGGAGUAUAAAAUAAUUCCAUGUAUAAAAAUUGUAUGACCAUGAAGUGGUAUCCUGUAAGCACAGUGACCCAAAACAACACGUACUAUGGACCAUGGAAAUCCUUACUUGUGGUCAAAUAUUUUCAAUGCAAUGUGUGUCAAUGCACGAUGAUUCUUUGGGGGUAAUUUCUCUCCACCUUGAUAAAUUCUCUCAUUUUCCACAGUCACUUCGAAUGCGAAUGUUUUGGAAACAAAACACAACGAAAUCAAUUUUCGAACUCUUAUUUWAAAAUAACACACACAAAAAAAAUUAUUAUUGCACUCUCGUCAAUAUCAACACGUUUAUUUCGGAUGUAAAAUAUUUUUCAAAACAAGACGUGAUUGAGAUAACAAUUCAAAAUGUUUAGUUGUACAAUGACAAUCUACAAUGCAUGUUGAAGCUGGAUGAACAGUGCAACAUUUUGCCCGUUUAAAAAAGGUAUCGUCUCUAUAUUGGGCUUGCUGUGGUAGUACUGGUGAAAACUAUUAAAAGCUCUUUUUUCUGUUUCAAACAAGUUUAAAAGGGUAUUUUUCCUUGAACGUUUUCUCAAGGUUGCGUGCGCAUUCAAAUUUAAGGGACUUGACGGGCCACGAUACCAGAACAGGAGCUUUAGAAUUAUCACUGACAAAGGCUUGAUUUAUGGCCAUAGAUUGAACUAUUUUAGGUGAAUAUUUCAAAAGCCAGUCGUUAUUUUACAUGCAUACACUUUUCUUUUUGUAAAUAUGUUCAUAAAGAAGAGGAUUUUGUAAGAUAUAUUUAUUAUUUGAUGUAAAUAGAAAGAAUUUCCAUUCGUGCGAUUUAUAGAUAUUAAUAUGCGUUCGUUAUCAAUAAUAUUUAUAUAUACUCGAUUGCAAAAUCAUUGCCUCGGGUUCAAAUUAUAGAAUAUAAAUGCUGAAAGGUAUUCUGGGAAAUGAAAAACUCUGAUGUAUUCAAUUGAGAUACACAGUCAAUAUGAAACAUGCGAAAAGCCUCCAUGCAUGAUCUCUGUCAUUGCAACGUAUAAAUAUUCCACAAGUUAUAUGACUAGAUACAUCUUAUCAACAUACUUCCCAUGUACCAUUUUAUUCUCAGCUUCUAUGUUCUAUGUUUUUGAACCCGACAACGGUUUUGAAAUUGAAAGUAUUUGUUUAACGUUUCUCCGAGAGGCUGAUACAUUCAUUAGAAGUCUCUUGGUGCUUUAACUAUGAUUGAGACUGAAAUACAAAAGCAAUAAAAUUUCUAGAUUGUGAUGUUAA